AUGGCGGGGACAGCCCGCUGGCUGCUGUGCCUGUGCCUGGGCUGGGGCUGCCUGUGCCUGGCGCUGGGGGACGCGCUGCGGGCCGGCUGGGUCGGGCUGCGGCGCCGGGCGGCCCCGGGAGGAGCUCGGGCAGGCCGGGCUAGAGCCGCGGCAGGUGCCUACGGGCUGGAGCAGGAGGAGCGGCGGCGGCCGGAGCGGCUGCGCCCGGGGGACAAGGUCUCGGAGCACAUGUUGAGGCUUUACGAUCAGUACAGCGGCGAGGGGAGGGCGGCGGCGAAGCCGCAGGACCCGCUGGGGAAGCUCCGGGACCCGCCGGGGCUCCCGGCGCUGAACCUUCGCCGGGGGAACACGGUGCGUGGUUUCCGCCCGCUGGCAGCAGGGAGCCCUGAAAGCCAGGAGAUGUACAUUUUUAACUUGACGUCACUCACCGAGUCUGAAAACAUCUUGUCAGCUUCAGUGUAUUUCUAUGUUGGUGACCUGCUGCACGCUAAGUGGAACUGUUCCCAAUCCAGAGGCUGUUCUCGCCGUGGGCACAGGAAACCUGAACUUCAGAUGCAUCUUUCAGUUUGGACCUUUCCUUCUGCUGGGAACCAGACUCGGAGCCUGGGACAUUUCCUCAUCAACAUCUCCACUGCUUACCAGGAUGUCCUUUCCUGGCAGUGGAAGGAUAUCACUCAGCUCCUGCACGAAGCAAAACGAAACAAGGAACUCCUGAUGGGUGUCAAAAUGGAUCUGGCCGGCCGUCACCCCUGGAAAAGGGCCCCAUCGCGCUAUGAACCCUACGUUCUGGUUUAUGCCAAUGAUUCUGCUAUUUCAGAGCCAGAGAAUGUUGUCUCUAGUUUGCAAGGACACCGUCAUCCCCUGGCAAGGGUCUUUCCCAGGCCAGAAAACCAGGUGAGGAGCAGCCUCGGGAAACGGCGGCGGAAGCGCUCUGCAAACACCCUCUUGCCGUUGCAGAACAACGAGCUCCCGGGAGCCGAGUACCAGUACAACGAGGAGGAGAGGUGGGAAGACAGAAAAACCUACAAAACCUUUCAGCCCCGCUUAGCAGAGAGGGCAAAGAGCAAGAAAAAGCAGAGGAAGAAUCAGCACCAGAAGAGCCAGACCCUCCAGUUCGAUGAGCAAACGCUGAAGAAGGCGAGGAGGAAGCAGUGGAACGAGCCCAGGUACUGCACCCGGCGCUACCUCAAGGUGGAUUUUGCAGACAUUGGCUGGAGCGAGUGGAUUAUUUCCCCCAAAUCCUUCGAUGCCUAUUACUGCUCAGGGGAAUGCCAAUUCCCAAUUCCAAAGGCCUUGAAGCCAUCCAACCAUGCCACCAUCCAGAGCAUAGUGAGAGCUGUUGGGGUCGUCCCGGGCAUUCCUGAGCCUUGCUGCGUUCCUGACAAAAUGUCCUCUCUUAGUAUCUUAUUCUUUGAUGAAAAUAAAAACGUGGUUCUUAAGGUGUACCCCAACAUGACAGUGGAAUCCUGUGCGUGCAGAUAACAUCUCGGGAGACCCUUUUGGAAUGCUGAGGUGAUCACUUGGU